AUGGAGGAACAUGGAACAGAGGGAGAAUGGAAUGGGGGAAGGAAUGGGGAAGGAAGGAAGGAAUGGGAGGAAGCCCAGAAGGAAUGCCACUCACGGAUGGCAGGACUGCGCGUGUUCGCCAACUCGGAGGUACGCACCGCGUGGUCCGAGAUCAUCGAGACCAGCUGCUGGCGUGCCGCAUCCGAAAGGGAGUCCCAGAAGGAGCUCCCCGGCGCCAAGUCUGAGGCAGGGGAAGGCACCCGCCCGAAGGAGGGGCUGGCCUGCGGGGAGGGGGGAGAGUCCUCGGGAACAAUACGAGUGCCCAAGAUGGAAGACGCUGGGACAUCGGCGCGUUCCAUUGGGAAGGCAAAGUGCAUGCUGGUGCACUGA